CUGCCAUAGUUGUUCAAAAACCCGAGGCUUAUCCACUCCUUCCUUUCAAGUUCAUACAACGACAUGCCUCCUUAAUUCAUUUGCCAUUAGAAGAUACAGUGUUUUGCAUACGAACUCAUGGCGAAUUUGCUAUCCCACUCAUUAAUUCCUCUGAAUUUUGUCACUAACAAUGGUACUUUAGCUGGUCAUUCACCUUUUUCCGGUGGCCUUUAUCGAAACGCCUUCGUUAUUCGUGCUUCCGCGGUGUCUCAGACUAGGCGAAAGAAACAGUCACAGCAGAAGGAAGAUGAGUCCUCGUUGUUAUCAGCUACGACGAUGGAGAAAGGGCUGAGAUUAUUGUUCAUGGAGGAUUUGAUGGAGCGUGCAAGGAGUCGCGAUGUCGCCGGAGUUUCUGAAGUUAUUUACGAUAUGAUUGCUGCCGGAAUUAACCCGGGACCUCGCUCAUUUCAUGGCUUGGUCAUUUCUCAUACACUCAAUGGCGAUCACGAAGGCGCUAUGAAUGCAUUGAGGAGAGAGUUAAGUGAAGGCCUUUGUCCUCUUCCUGAAACCUUCACUGCAUUAGUUCGUUUAUUUGGUUCAAAAGGGUAUGCCACAAGAGGUUUAGAGAUUCUUGCAGCUAUGGAGAAACUAGAUUUUGACAUCCGUAAUGCUUGGCUAGUUCUUAUUGAGGAACUUAUUAGAAACAAUUACUUGGCUGAUGCCAACAAGGUGUUUCUAAAAGGUGCAGAGGGUAAGAUGAGAGCUACUGAUGAGAUAUAUGAUCUUUUGAUCGAAGAGGAUUGUAAAGUUGGAGAUCAUUCAAAUGCAUUAACAAUAGCUUAUAAAAUGGAGGAAGCUGGAAGAAUGGCUACUACUUAUCAUUUCAAUUGUCUCCUUAGUUGUCAGGCAAAGUGUGGAAUACCUGAAAUUGCAUACGCGACAUUUGAAAAUAUGAUAUAUGGGCAAGAUUUUAUGAAACCUGAUACAGAGACAUAUAAUUGGGUGAUUGAAGCUUAUACAAGGGCAGAAGGAUCUGAUAGGGUGCAAGAUGUUGCUGCUGUACUUGGUAUGAUGGUUGAAGAUUACAAAACUGUACAACCUAAUGUGAGAACUUACGCGCUAUUGGUGGAAUGCUUUACAAAAUAUUGUUCUAUAAGAGAAGCUAUCAGACAUUUUAGAGCACUUAUUAAAAUUGAAGGUGGAAUUAAAGUUUUAUAUAAUGAAGGAAAUUAUGGAGAUCCACUUUCUUUAUAUCUUCGGGCUUUAUGUAGAGAAGGAAGAAUUGUUGAGCUUUUGGAAGCUUUAGAAGCAAUGAGUAAAGAAAAUCAACCAAUUCCAGCUAGAGCAAUGAUACUUAGUCAAAAAUAUAGAACAAUGGUUAGUUCUUGGAUUGAACCAUUGAAUACAGAAGCAGAUGUAGGAUAUGAAAUUGAUUACAUUGCCAGAUACAUAGAAGAAGGUGGGCUAACGGGGGCCCGCAAAAGGUGGGUCCCAAGAGAAGGAAAAACAUCCCUAGACCCUGAUGUUGCAGGAUUCGUGUACAAAAACCCUUUAGAAACCUCAUUCAGACAACAUUGUCUUGAAAACUGGAGAAGAUAUCAUCGAAAGGUGUUAAGAGCUUUACGUAGAAGAGGUCCAUCACUUUUAGGAGAAGUUACAGAAUCCGAAUAUGUUCGUGUUCUUGAGUGGCUUUUUCAUAUCCUUAAACGCCCCAAUAAAAACGCAUUGAAACCAAAAGCUGCAAGUAAAAUGCUUGUGAAUGAGCUGGCUGAAGAGCUUGAAGCACAAGGGCUUCCUACUGAUGGAAAUAGGAGUGUGCUUUAUCAACGUGUGCAGAAAGCUAGGAGGAUUAAUCGGUCGAGAAAUAAACCCCUUUGGGUUCCUCCUGUUGAAGACCAAGAAGAAGAGAUUGAUGAGGAAAUUCAAGAACUAAUCUCACGAGUGAGACUAGAAGAAGGAAACACAGAGUUUUGGAGAAGACGUUUUCUUGGUGAAUGUUUAGAAGCAGAACUUGGAAAACCAACAGCAAUUGAAGUAGAAGCUACAGAUGUCUCUGAUAAUAAUAUUAAUAAUAAUAAUUCUGAAGAAGAUGCAACUAAUAAUAAACAGGUUGAUGAUGAUGAAGGGGACAAAGAGGAACAAACUGAAAACCAAUCUGGUGAUACAGAAGCUGUUAAAGACAAAGAAGAUGCUGCAAAUCCUUUACAAAUGAUCGGUGUUCAAUUAUUCAAAGGUUUUGAUGAUUCCACACCUACUAAAUCCAAAAAAUCCAAGAAAAGAUUAGCAAGAAUUGCUGCUAUGGAGAAUGAUGAUGAUGAAGAGUGGUUACCAUUGGAUAUACUGGAGGCAUUUAAGGAGUUACGUGAAAGAAAAAUAUUCGAUGUAUCAGAUAUGUAUACAAUUGCUGAUGCAUGGGGUUGGACAUGGGAAAUGGAGCUAAGAAACACUCCCCCUCGACACUGGUCACAACAAUGGGAAGUUGAGUUAGCAGUGAAGCUAAUGUCGAAAGUAAUGGAGUUAGGUGGGACACCAACUAUUGGAGACUGUGCUAUAAUUCUUCGUGCAGCAAUACGAGCUCCAUAUCCUCCGGCUUUCUUAGAAAUCUUACGAACGACACAUACACUUGGUUAUGUGUUUGGAAGUCCAUUAUAUGAUGAGGUUAUCGGUUUGUGCCUUGAUCUUGGAGAACUAGAUGCAGCUAUUGCAAUUGUUGCUGACAUGGAAACAAGUGGUAUCACUGUUCCUGAUGAGACACUUGAUAUGGUCAUUCAAGCUAGACAAACAACUCGUACUAAUGUAAAUGGUGCAUCUUUGUAAUUUUAUACAAAUCUUUUUUGUUGUAUGAUAUACUUUUGAUUUUAAUAGGAACUAGUUUGUCUCAUGAAUACUUCUCACCAACUAAUUUCUACAUAAGCUUGAUAUUUUGUUCCAUU